AUGUCUGCGGACUCCAGAUCCACGCGCGCGCUGAAGGAGAUCCUCCGGUGCCCCGGGAAUGACGUGUGCGCGGACUGUGGAGCGCCAGACCCGACUUGGGGCUCCUGUCUGGGCGUCUUCAUCUGUCUGGACUGUUCUGGAAUCCACAGAAACCUGCCAGACGUCAGCAAAGUCAAGUCCCUCAAUCUGUCGCACUGGGACGAACACGAGAUCCAGUUCAUGGUGGAGAAUGGAAACGACAAACUGAAGAGCAUCUACGAGGCCGAAGUCCCAAUUUACUAUUACAAACCCACUCACAACGACUGUCAGGUUCUGAGAGAGCAGUGGAUCAGGGCCAAAUAUGAGAGAAAGGAGUUUUCGGACUCGAGGAAACCGUUCAUCUACGAACAAGGGCUGAGGGAGGGGACUCUGAUGAAGCGGGGCAGGGAUAACGGGCAGUUUCUCAGUCGGAGGUUUGUUCUGUCGGAGCGAGAGGGGACUCUGAAGUACUUCACCAAACACGACGCCAAAGAGCCCAAAGCUGUGAUCAAAGUGUCCACGAUCAACGCCAUGUUUCAGCCUGAGAAGAUGGGAAACCCCAACGGUCUCCAGAUCACGUACCUCAAAGACUACAGCACCAGGAACAUCUUCGUUUACCAUGACAGCGGAAAGGAGAUCGUGGACUGGUACAACUCCAUUCGUGCCGUUCAGCUUCAUUAUCUCAAAGUGGCUUUUCCCGGAGCCACAGACGCAGAGCUGGUGCCAAAACUGACGCGGAACUUCCUAAAGGAAGGAUACAUGGAGAAGACUGGACCCAGGCAAACUGAGGGCUUUAAGAAGCGAUGGUUCACCCUGGACCAGCGACGCCUCAUGUACUUCAAAGACCCUCUGGAUGCAUUCGCCAAAGGGGAGGUAUUUCUGGGGAACAAGGACCACGGAUACAGCGCCUCCGCGGGGCUCCCCUCCGGCACACACUGUAACGGCGCCUGGGCCCACGGCAUCACCAUAGAAACGCCCGAGCGCUGCUUCCUGUUUACCUGCGAGACGGAGGCGGAGCAACAGGAGUGGAUCCAGAAGUUCAACGAGGUCGUGAGCGCCGUCAUGUCCCCGCAAGAGUACACAAUGGAAGCUCUGUUCAAACGCAGACAUUGA